AUGUCGACAAUGCGUUUAUUAUUAUUAGUCAUUUUUCUUAUCAAUCGUUCUAAUUCAAUUGAUGAUUUAAUUUUUCAAAUUCAACCUCAAUCUGUACGUAUUAAUAAUUUCGAUGAAUUAUAUAUAACAAAUGAUAAUCAUUUUAUUGGACAAAUUUUAUAUCGUUAUGAUGAAAUACAAUUAGCAUGUGAAUGUCAAACACAAAUUAAUCAUAUAAAAUAUAAUAUUUAUUGGACAAUUAAUAAUAAAACUUAUAAUCAAUAUAAUAAUUCAAAUAGUAUUGAAUUAUUAAUUAAUUUAAAUACUGUACAAGCACCAAUAACAUAUGUUACAUGUCAUUGUAUAUUUAUUCAAUCAAAUAGAACAAAAAUACGAAGAUAUUAUCAAUAUCAACUUUAUAUUGAUUUAGAAAGUGAACCAUCAUUACAGUCUAUUAAUUAUUCUUUAGAAUUAAAUAUAAUUAAAGAACGUUUUUAUAAUUUUAUUCAUCAUCGUUAUUUAAUUAUUCUUAGUUUUAUUCUUAUUAUUAUUGGAAUAUCAUGUCCACUUAUGAUAUUAAAUUCUGGAUCUUUUCUUUAA